AUGGAUAUGUUUAAGAGGAGGUUCUUGGGUAUUUCUGUGGCUGUUGCGUAUGGUGUUUCCACCGGCUGUCUGAACAUCGUGAUGAAGCUCCUCGUCAGUAAUUAUCACUUUGACUUCCUGAUGCUCCUCCAGCUCCUGACCAGCAGCACCACGGCGCUCAUUCUCGAGAUCCUCAGGCGACUGGGGAAAGUCAAGAUCCCCCCAUUCAGCAUCCAGUUAGCCAAGAUAGCACCCAGACUGCCAGCACCCAGGUCUCUAGGCACCAGCCUUCACCCCAGCCUGCUAGCAACCUGCUUAGACUCCAGUCGGCUAGCUUGGUUCCAGCCAGUUUCCCGCCUUUUCCAGCCCAGGAGCCACCUUCAGAGACACCCUCCAGAAGGAGACGUGGCUCUAGCCAUCUCGCAGACUCUGGAGUUUGGCCCGGUGUGUAUCAUCUCCACGCUGCAGUCCACUCUCACUCUGUGGUCUAUGCGCGGCCUCAGCCUGCCCAUGUUUGUUGUGUUCAAACGCUGCCUUCCGCUCCUCACACUUGUCAUCGGCAUGUGCGUGCUGAGGAAUGGCAUGCCGUCCAGCGGCGUGGUAAUCUCCGUGAUCAUCACCACCGCUGGAGCUGCACUGGCUGGUGCUGGUGAUGUCACUGGCGAUACCUUUGGUUACAUCACUGGUGUGUUGGUGGUCAUCAUCCACGCCUCCUACCUGGUCCUGAUCCAGAAAAGCAGUCUGGACGGCGAGUAUGGACCGCUCACAGCACAAUAUGCCAUUGCUGUCAUAGCCUCACCUACCUUUUCUCUGUGUGACUCUCUCUCUUUGCCACUCUUUCAGGCGCUUCUGGUAUGCUCUGUCAUCUCCAAGGACAUCAUCAGCAUGUGGUCUUACGAGGGCUGGAAGGACCCCCACGUACCAGCCUUUUUUGUCUUAUGCAUUUUAUUCACCAUCACCAUGAACUUCACCACGCUGCAGUGCACUUACAUCAACUCCGCUGUCACCACCAGCUUCGUGAGCAUGCUCAAGAGCAUCGCCACCAUUACUAUCGGCAUGGUGGCAUUCAGUGAAGUUGCACCGACAGGGCUGUUCAUCGGAGGCGUAGUGGUCAACACUGUUGGCUCUAUUAUCUAUUGCAUCAUCAAAUACUUUGAGACGAAGAAGAAGAGAAUGCAUAAGGACCUGGAGGAGGCUGGGAAGGAUGGUGCGUUUCCUUGCGAGCCUUACCAAGAGAAACGACCACUAAAUGGCAUCGGGCCUGCUGCUGGCAUCAGGUCUUGUCCAGGAAAUCCGAAGUUAAAAGGAGCACUGAGCAGUGACAGGAUGGUGGAUGCAGCAUCAGCUGGCUUGGCUGAAGGAAAGUUGUGGACAGGGAAUGGUGGAAAAGGAGACGGAGAAGCAGGUGUGAAUUCCUGCGUCAUGAUGGAAAAGGAGAUGCAUGAGAUGCAGAGAGAGCACCUCCAAAGCCUGAACACCACAUCCAGUCAGUCGGUUAUUGACAGCUAUGUUGGGGUGUGGAGGUCCAUCAGACAUCUGCAAUUAAUGAAGAAUGAAUCUUUGAUUCAGAAGCUGUAAAUUAAAACCUUUAAUGCAGUGGAAGUGGAUCAGAUAAAGUCUAUCCACGUACUGGCCACCAAAUGAUAACCAAUCUACAUAUAUGGUCUCACUGGGUUUGUUUAUUUGAGUCUGAUAAUUAGUUUGAUUGAUUGAUUUUCUCUAACCCUACAGGUCCACUUGUUCACAGUUGGUUGUCUUCUGCAUACAUCAGAGCGGUAUAUUGUCGUUCUUGUAUCCUUCAAAACACUGCAGUGGUACCACAAAUAAAGUUAUCUUGAAAUAGAGAGUGGCACAUAGCCCAAACUAGGAGCGACAGGGGCAUGCCACAGGGAUAUUUCCAUUUACG